CACCUUUCCUCUUCUUUCUCCCCUGUUCUUCUUCUCUCGAUAUUCAAGCGUCGCCGAUGGCCGUACUUCCGUUGGAAAGAUCGACGGCAUUUCCGUCGCUAAACUCGCUGCCGGUGGGGUACAGGUUCCGUCCAACGGGCGAGUAGCUCAUCGAUCACUAUCUGAAUCUGAAUAUCAACGGUGAAGUCAGUGUGAUUCGCGAAAUUGACAUCUAUAAACUCGAGCCAUUAGACCUGCGUGCUAAUGCAGUGUAUUAACGGGCUGGCGGUUGGGCGGGCCAUGACGGUUUGGAUUGGGUUGGGUAUUUCUACGGUUUUCAUUCACUUAGCGAGAGAGAGUAUUGAGUCAUGCAUUGUAAGCCUCCUUAAAACCAGCAAAUACUCAGUUGAUAGUCUCCUGAUUUAGCAAUUAUUAAGAUCCUUCGCACAGCAGAAAUGCCAAAGCUUGAUUUCAAUCUUGUAGUCUUACUGGCUCGGAGGCAUGAGUUAAUGGUAAUGGAUUUGGGAGAAAAGCUGCUAAAGUUCAUAAAGCAGACUUCUUGGUGUGGUAAUCUUGGACUUCACUUCUUGUGGCUUAUUAUACAUUUUUUUGUUGGUAUAUGGUACUUUGUGUUAGGCAUAGCCCAAACCAUUGAGAGUUUUCUUAUCUCUAGUGGCUUCUGGGAGAGUUACAAAUCUCUAAAUAUCAGCAAAAUUCAGCACUUGGCAGUUGUUAUAGACUGCGAAGAAGCUCAAGAGACUUCAAAAGUUAUUGAACUCCUGCAGUUUCUUGCAACUAUUGGUGUAAAGAACGUCUCCCUCUAUGAUAGUGAAGGAGUGCUAAAGCAGUCCAAAGAAGCCAUCAAGGAGGAGUUGAGCCGUAUAAAGUUCUAUGAGGGAACUUCUUUGCCCACUCCACUUUUACACAAGUAUAAUAAUCUGGAGUUUGUCUCAUCAGCAGAUGGAAAACAUGCAAUGGGCAAAGCAGCUAAUUUCCUCUUUGUCAAGCAUUAUACUGGCACAAAUUUGCAGAAGCACACUUUUACAGAGUCAGACGUGACUGAUGCACUAAGUGUUAUUGGUUGUUGUGGACCAGACCCUGAUCUCUUACUAGUUUAUGCUUCUGCAAGAUGCCACCUCGGUUUCCCAGCAUGGAGACUACGGUACACAGAGAUUGGACAUAUGGGGCCAUUGAAGUCGAUGAAAUUUGGAUCCCUCAUGAAGGCCAUUUAUAAGUUCACAAUGGUUCACCAGAAUUAUGGCAUAUGAACCAUUACAAACGGACCCGAACACACUGGUAUUUUGAACAUGUGCAAGAUGAUAGAUGAUGAUGAUCAUUUAUCAAGAUGUGGAUUUGUAUUAUUAUUAUUUAUAUUCAACUUGAUCAUUUUGACUAAUAGCAUCAUCUCCACUUUCCUAUAGAAAAAGGGAAGGUCAACUUGUUGAUUAUGAUUAAUGACUAGCAUCUUUGCAUUUGCAUCCAGUCCCCCAUGGAAGGCCAAAAGAUUUGGUACAGAAAAACUUGUCAUCAAUACAAUAAGUACUUAUUUGUAAGUCAACUGGAAUCUAAUGAUAUUGUACUUUGUCUA